AUGGCAGCAGGAAAUCACUCCACAGUGAAGGAGUUCAUCCUGGCUGGGCUCUCAGAACAGCCAGCGCUCCAGCUGCCCCUCUUCCUCCUCUUCCUAGGAAUAUACUCGGUCACCGUGGUCGGCAACCUGGGCAUGAUCAUAUUGAUUGGGCUCAGCUCUCACCUGCACACUCCCAUGUACUAUUUCCUCGGCAGUCUGUCCUUCAUUGACCUCUGUCAAUCCACUGUCAUUAUCCCUAAAAUGCUGGUCAACUUUGUGGCAGAGCAAAACAUCAUCUCCUAUCCAGAAUGCAUGACUCAGCUCUACUUCUUCCUGGUUUUCGCUAUUUCAGAGUGUUACAUGCUGGGUGCAAUGGCAUAUGACCGCUAUGUUGCCAUCUGUAACCCCUUGCUUUACAGUGUCAGCAUGUCUCAUCAGGUCUGUGUUUCCUUGGUUCUAGGAGUGUAUAUAAUAAGUGUGAUUUGUGCAUCAACUCACACAGGCUGUUUGUUUCGAGUUUAUUUUUGCCAUCUUGAUGUGAUCAAUCAUUACUUCUGUGAUCUUAUUUCCAUCCUAAAUCUCUCUUGCUCUAGCACUUAUGUAAAUGAGUCACUGAUUCUCAUCCUUAGUGGGAUUAAUAUCCUUACCCCCAGUCUGGCCAUCCUUAGUUCCUACACCUUCAUCAUUGGCAGCAUCCUCCGUAUUCGCUCCACUGAGGGCAGGAUCAAAGCCUUUAGCACUUGCAGCUCCCACAUUUCAGCCGUUGCUGUUUUCUUUGGUUCUGCAGCAUUUAUGUACCUGCAGCCAUCAUCUCUCAAUUCCAUGGAUCAAGGCAAAGUGUCCUCUGUAUUUUAUACGAUCAUUGUGCCCAUGCUGAACCCUCUGAUCUACAGCCUGAGAAACAAGGACGUUCAUAUUGCCAUGAAAAAAAUAAGAGAAAAAGCAAAUUACCUAUCAGCACAAAUUAUGUGA